AUGGGCCUCCUGGCGAGGAUCCGGAAAGAGUGGUUCAUCAUCGGGAUCGUUGUGGUCAUCUUAUCGGCCAAACUGCAUCCCAGCGUCGGUGUCAAAGGAGGUGAGUGAGUGAGUGAGGGGGAGUUUGGAGCUUCUGCUAAACUUCUCCACAGACUCAUCAAAUUAUCUUCAUUAUAAACACGAAACAAACUGAAGAAACUUCUCUCAUGUUCACACCAGGUUAGAAAAGAAUUUCGCUCUUUUAUCAUCAGCAUGAAUUUAAGAUUUCAAAUGAUCACACAGAGUAAAAUAUCACACCAUUAAUUAACAGUAAAGAGUUACAAAAUAAAUUCGGCGUAUAUUAAUCCAUGAACUAUCCUCUUAAUUUUAUUAAAAUUGCUAAUUUCUGACUCUUUAUUGUUCCGUUUUUGCCAUUCGCGCCUGAGACGCAGACGGUUGGAUUCACGCGAAAAAAUAUUUAAAAUGUUAAAUUUCUACCGGAAGACGUUUUAAUAUGUCUAAUAAAUUCAAGCCGAAUUAUUCUCCUUAUCCUCAUGUUUAAUCGAAGUUAUUGACUUUAAUUUAGCUCAUAAUUUUUUUUGCUAAAAUAGAAGAGUGUUAUAAACUUUAAAGUUUACUGAAGAAGGUUUGGUUGUCUCCCCUCAUUUCGAAUGGAGUAUCAGUAUUUGGGUUUCCCUCACAGUGGCUCCAGUGUGUGUGAGUGUGUGAGCGUGUGUGUGUGUGUGUUACCUGGCUCCUUAGUGACACGUUGCAUUACUACCACUGAUGUCAACACGCGCGGACACACACACGAACACACUCCUCAUUUUGUGCGCAUGUCCAAUCCCACUCUCCUAAUCCAUACAUCCUUAUGUCUUUAUUCCCUCCCUUGUUAGUUUAGCAGCAGCAGAGUUGAUUCAGGUGUGGUCCUCUUGGUUAACUCCAGCUCGGUGACUCAGGUAGAGAGUGAAGGGUGUGAUAAUAUUGAUUCUUCAUUGAUGAACAGCCUCUGUAAUCAGAGAGGAUGAUCAGUAGAGAUCAGCUCUCACACCUUCUUAUCUCCUCCUGGAGAUUAGAUAAACUCCUGUGCUCCUACUGUCAGGACGCUGCGUUCAGGCGCUGCUUGUAAAAUUCAGCUCUGUUUAGUUAAAUUCAUCCGUCAGAGUUUUUGAACCUUUUCCAGACAAAAAAAAACAUGGAGAACAUUUUUAGUUCUUAUGUUUUUAUUAUGUUUGACUGGUUCAGGGAGCUGCUUGGAAAAUCCAGCUUCAUGUUGGUCCAGAGGAACUUUCCCAAAAAGAAACAAUUACCUGUCGUAAAUCUAAACAUAAAGUAUCAUAAUAUCAGACUGUAUUGUUCCAUAUUUUAUUGUAUCUGAAAAAAUCUAAUAAUAAGUAAUAAGUCGCGAUAAAGUAAUUACUUACAAGAAUGUAGUCGUAAUGAAGUAAUUACUUAUUACUUACUAUUACUUACUUAAGAAUAAUGUUAUAAAAUCAAUAAUUAUGAGAAUAAAGUCGUAAUAAAGUAAUAACUAAUGAGAAUAAAGUUGUUAUUAAGUCAUUUCUUAUGAGAAUAUAUUCAUAAUACAGUAAUAAUUUAAGAGAAAAAGUCAUUAUGAAGUAAUUGCUUACAAGAAUAAUAAUGUUAUAAAAUCAAUAAUUAAUAGAGUAAAGUCGUAGUAAUUAUGAUAAUAAAGUCGUUACUAACAGGAAUAAUGUCUAUUUAAAGUAAUUACGAGAAUAAUGUCGUAAUAAAGUAAUUACGAGAACAAAGUAGUAAUACAAUAAUUACUUAAGAGAAAAUAGUCGUAAUAAAAUCAUUAAUUAUGAGAAUGAAGUCGUAUUUAAUUAAUUACUCAGGAGAUUAAAGUCAUAAUAAAGUAAUCAUUUACUAGAGUAAAGUUGUAAUAAAGUUCUUAUAUUCUAACAGUUGUUGAAAUAAGAGCGAUGGAGCAUUUUGUGAAAAUGAACUUUAAUAUUUGUUUGUCAAACAAGGAGACAGUUCAUCUUUUGGCACAUCAGCACCACAUUAUCAUAAGUGUAGUCGUAGUCGUAGUUGAUUACGACUUUAUUCUCUUAAGUAAUUAUUUUAUUAUGACUUCAUCAUCGUUAGUAAUGACUUAUUCUACUAAAUUAAUGACUUUAAUCUCGAAAUCUUCAUUUUUACUUCUUAACGUGGCCCUAAUACUCCGUCGCACUGACAUGAUAUUCAGCAGUUUUCUUCUUUUUUCCUCCCCAGGUCCUUUAAGGCCGGAGAUCACCAUCGCUUAUGUUGCUGUCUCGCUCAUUUUCUUCAACAGCGGCCUGUCCCUGAAAACAGAGGUACCUCCUCACAGCUUCAGAAAAUUUACCAGAAAUUGACCAAAAAUGUACCGGAAAUUUAUUAGAAAUUUACCGGAAAUUUAUUAGAAAUUUACCGGAAAUUUACCAAAAAUGUACCGGAAAUUUAUUAGAAAUUUACCGGAAAUUUAUUAGAAAUUUACCGGAAAUUUAUUAGAAAUUUACCGGAAAUUUAUUAGAAAUUUACCAAAAAUGUACCGGAAAUUUAUUAGAAAUUUACCGGAAAUUUAUUAGAAAUUUACCGUAAAUUUAUUAGAAAUUUACCAGAAAUUUACCAAAAAUGUACCGGAAAUUUAUUAGAAAUUUACCGGAAAUUUAUUAGAAAUUUACCGGAAAUUUACCAAAAAUGUACCGGAAAUUUAUUAGAAAUUUACCGGAAAUUUACCAAAAAUUUACCGGAAAUUUACCAAAAAUUUACCGGAAAUUUAUUAGAAAUUUACCGGAAAUUUACCAAAAAUUUACCGGAAAUUUAUUAGAAAUUUACCGGAAAUUUAUUAGAAAUUUACCGGAAAUUUAUUAGAAAUUUACCAGAAAUUUACCAAAAAUGUACCGGAAAUUUAUUAGAAAUUUACCGGAAAUUUAUUAGAAAUUUACCGUAAAUUUAUUAGAAAUUUACCAGAAAUUUACCAAAAAUGUACCGGAAAUUUAUUAGAAAUUUACCGGAAAUUUACCAAAAAUUUACCGGAAAUUUACCAAAAAUUUACCGGAAAUUUAUUAGAAAUUUACCGGAAAUUUACCAAAAAUUUACCGGAAAUUUAUUAGAAAUUUACCGGAAAUUUACCAAAAAUUUACCGGAAAUUUAUUAGAAAUUUACCAAAAAUGUACCAGAAAUUUUCUGCUCCUUUUCAACCCUACACAUGACUGAACGUUGGCGGUGGAAUCCUGAUCUUUGUGUUUUUCGUGUCUCUGCAGGAGUUGACCAGCGCGUUGCUCCACGUCCGGCUCCACCUCUUCGUUCAGUCGUUCACGCUUGUCUUUGUCCCGCUCGCCGUGUGGCUGCUGCUCAGGGUGCUCACGCUGACCGCCAUCGACCAAUGGCUGCUCAGAGGGUAGGGAGUGUGUGUGUUUGUGUGUUCGUGUUUGUGUGUGUGAAUGGCGGCCUUUAUUUGCUCCGAGCUCCACCUGAGAGCAGCAGAGGUAUGUUCAGGGACAAAGAGACACAUUCACGGAUGUUUCAGGAGAGACGAGGACAUCUGUGAGGGCUGAGACGUUUUUAAAGGGACGAGUUUACACCACAUGAGCAGAUAAACAACAUUAAUUCAAUAAUUUCACAGCUGGUUCCUUUAAAACCGAACUGUUAGGGUGUUUUUACGUCUUUAGAAACUCCUCACUCUGCACCUGUCCUCGUAAUAAAUGAAGUUUUAAUCGUUUUUAGAGGAUCUGCGUGAAUCCAGACUCCGACCUUUGACCCUCUCGGAGAAAGAGUGAAGAGAAAUGUUCUCGCCAGUUAAAAAAGAUUCAUACUCUCCUCUUUAUCCUGUUGUUGCCUAGGUUACAGACGGUGAGCUGCAUGCCCCCUCCGGUCUCGUCCGCAGUCAUCCUCACCAAGGCUGUCGGAGGCAACGAGGUUACACACUCACAGCAGCAGCAGCAGAGCUUCAGAUGACCUCCAAAUAAUCCCAGUCUUUUUUGUCAUGCAGUAACUGAGUGUGUGUGUGUGUGUGUGUGUGUGUGUGUGUGUGUGUGUGUGUGUGUGUGUGUGUGUGUGUGUGUUUUCAGGCUGCAGCCAUCUUUAACUCAGCGUUCGGAAGCUUCCUGGUGGGUUAACUAAACUCCUCUUUUAAAGAAGUGUCUCAGUUAUGAAACGCGUGGGAAGUUAACGCUCUGAUCACGUCUCUCUGUCCUGCAGGGAAUCGUCGUGACUCCGGUUCUGCUGCUGCUCUUUGUGAGUCUCACUGAACAUCUAAAAAAAACACACGACGUUAAACACAGUCUGAGGGCACUCCUCUGCUGAGAAAGAGAUUUUCUUUAAUCCUAUUGUUCACUGAAACUCAGGAAACACAGUGUGACACAUAUAUUGGGUGUCAUUCCAUCUUUGAACACUAGGUGGAGUGUUAGUUUAUGGUGUGAAGGACGCCGAAGCUCCAGGUUGUUGAAUAUUAACACUUAAAACUCCACUGGAUCACUGGCAAUCCCAUAUUCAUAGUGAACCGGAUCCUAAAGAUUUACAAACUUGCACUUCUUCCCUCAGUCAAAUAUUUGCAGGUUUAUUUUAAUGUCUUUUUGGUCAGGUCCAAGUUCUUUGACCCUCAUGUUUUCCUGCAAAGAUCAGGUCCAAGGUCUUUGACUCUCAUCUUUUCCUGCAAAGAUCAGGUCCAAGCUCUUUAACCCUCAUCUUCGCCUGCAAAGAUCAGGUCCAAGCUCUUUAACCCUCAUCUUUUCCUGCAAAGAUCAGGUCCAAGCUCUUUAACCCUCAUCUUUUCCUGCAAAGAUCAGGUCCAAGCUCUUUAACCCUCAUCUUUUCCUGCAAAGAUCAGGUCCAAGCUCUUUAAUCCUAAUCUUUUCCUGCAAAGAUCAGAGCCAAGCUCUUUAACCCUCAUCUUUUCCUGCAAAGAUCAGGUCCAAGCUCUUUGACUCUCAUCUUUUCCUGCAAAGAUCAGGUCCAAGCUCUUUAACCCUCAUUUUACAUCAUUUUUGCUCCAUAAUCUGACAGCUGAGGUUGUCCUGAAAAAAAAAGAUUCAUAGAUUUUGUCAAAAAUAAAAAACAGACAGACCAAAAAUAGCAAAAUAUAGCUGUGAGUUCUAAGGGUUAAAGCAUUAGUUGUUGAGUUUGUUGGACUUUAUCCUCGUCUAUCUUGAUUAAUUCUGUUCUCAUUUAUUAAAAUCAAUUUGUAUUAUUGAUUGUUGAAAAUGGAACCUCAAUUUUGGAGUCCAGUAUCAACUUCCUGUUCUUCUUCCUCCAGCUCGGCUCUUCCUCCUCCGUCCCUUUCUCCUCCAUCUUUUCUCAGCUCUUCAUGACCGUGGUGGUUCCUCUCAUCCUCGGUCAGGUACGGACGUCCACAUCCACGUUAAAGGUGUUUUUAACAGAAGGUAACACGCGCUGAUAACAGGUGUUUUAACGUCCGCGUGCAGGUGUGUCGUCGUUUCCUCAGGGAGUACCUGGAGCGCCGGAAGCCUCCGUUUGGCGUGGUCAGCAGCGCCGUCCUCCUCAUGAUCAUCUACACCACCUUCUGCGACACCUUCAGUAACCCCAACAUCGAGCUGGACCCCACCAGUCUGCUGCUGGUGGUCCUGAUCAGUCAGUAACAGUCUGUCUGUGUGUGGUCAGUGAAUGCAGAGGAGUUUAAAAAAACACGUUUCACUCACUGAAGUCUGUCUCUGGUUGUUUUCUGCAGUUUUCUCCCUCCAGCUCAGCUUCAUGCUGCUCACCUUUGCCUUUUCCACCAGGUGAGCCUCCUACAGAACUACAACACGAGAACUCGCCACCAAACAUCUUUUUAACUUUGACUAAUUUCUUUAGCAAAGAGACUAAACACAACUCACCUACUCUCUGAUCAUGUUUGUCUCUGCAGGUCGGGCUCAGGAUUCAGCCCCGCAGACACCGUGGCCAUCAUGUUCUGCUCCACACACAAGUCUCUCACUCUGGGUAUGAACACAAACACAAACACACAAACGUAUAAAAGACUCUGAUUUAGACGACAGAAACAGUGGAGGGUUUCGUCGUCUUUCUCUGCAGGUAUCCCCAUGUUGAAGAUCGUGUUCGAGGGUUAUGAACAUCUCUCUCUGAUAUCAGUCCCUCUGCUGAUCUACCACCCGGCUCAGAUUCUGCUGGGCUCCGUCCUUGUACCGACAAUCCGCACCUGGAUGACCAGUCGACAGAAGGUAGGCACUCUUGGAAAAACUCCUCCCUCACAAAGAUGCUUUUAUCGUAAACGAAGAAACGAACUUUAUUUGUCUGUAUCUGACUGUGAACCUGUUUAUUUCUGUUGUAAAGUUGGUUCUUUUAACAUGGGGCUCAAUGGGGAAUGACGCACUUUUGUCCUCAGCCCCUGGUGGUCACCUGAUGAACUGCAACUUUUUUUGUACUUUCACCUUUGCUUCAUUUUUCAUCCUCAGGGUAUUUCCGCUUGUUUAAACUCAAACCUGCUCUCGUUGAAGACUUCAUGACUUAUUCACUAACCUUGUCUUCAGAACUUAGCGGGCCGCAUUCCAACACUAACCUCCGCACCUUUUCUCCUCUCCUACAGUCUAGUCUUUUGUUGAGAUAGGGCCGCGUUCCAACACUGUGAGUAGAAAACUUACCAAACAAACUGAAUAACUUUCUACGUUUAAUUCAAACUGAUAAUUUCUCCUUUUUUUAAUAAUCAAAUUGAAAUCUGUGUUGAUCUGGUGACCGUGUUAGACUGCUGCAGCGCCCCCUGCUGUCAGCUACACAAUCUAUGAGACUCCUGUGCUAACCUCUCUGCUGUGAAUUCAUGGACAACCUCAGACACAUUAAUGGGACUGUAAUCUUUUAUAUUGUCUUAGUUGUCUGUUAAGGAAGGUUUGAAUUCAGUUGGAUUUGCAGCCUCUCAGUUUCCAACCUCAUUAUGCAUAUGGUGAUCAUCGGAGUGGGAGGGAUGCUAUGAUAAUGAGGCUCUGCACUGAUUGGCUGUCUGGAUGUUAUUGAAGGAAGGUUGGAGGGGGGGGUUAUAAAUUAGUGUUGUGUCGUUCAUGAACGUUUCGUUUGAAAGAACUGCUGAGUGAACGACGUGAACUGAAUCACUUUGAGACCUGAUUCGUUCCUUUCUCGGUUCAGUUGAGCUCAGUUGAACUGCCGCCUUUGACUCCUUGGCCAGCGACACAUGGCCAGCCAGCGAGCGAGCGAGCGGGCGGAGUCUCGUGAUUUGCUCACAGCGAAUGAACGACAUGUAUCAGUCAGACUGUGAAUGAAACGAACGACUUCCGAAUGACUUUUUUCAGGCGUCGUUCACGAACUGCCGAGCACCGUUUCUCGUUCACUGAGGCAAAGAUAAAACAGGUCAUUAUAGCACCUUAACGUUAAUUCACGUGUUUAAACUUUCCUGUAAGAAGGAUUUGAUUUCAGACGAUCUAAAGAAAUACGAUAUUCGAUAUCUUUAAAAGUAUCGGAAUCCCCGCUACAGCUGCGACGAAUCGUGCUCGUUUAGCGACGUGCUGCUUGCUUUUGUGUUGUGUCCCGCCGACGGCGACACACAGAGAGGUGAGUUUUUCAGGGCAGGGGAGUGAUUCUUCAUGAGUCACCCAGUGAACGAGGCUGUGACUUCAGCACUGACUGAUUCUGUGAACGAAUCGUUUUAAUGAACGGAUUCUAAAGAUUCAGUCAAAAGAACUGAUCUUCCCAUCACUAGUAUUAAACCAGUAAAGCUGAAUGUAGAGGCAGAAAAACACCAAAAUGAACUCGGCUAGCCCUUCAGGAGAACUCGUUCCAAUACUGAGCCAAAUGUUUUUUCUGUAAGUGGCGAAGUGGUUUACACAAACAAACUGGCACCGACCGUAGCCGCCAUGAUGUCAUUUUCUUUGGGUCUUUGGCACCGAGAACUUUUGAGUUGGAUCUGCGACCAACCCGCCUCCUUCGACGUCUUGACGAGUGAUUUAUUUGCUUUUUCCAGGACGAUGAGUUGAAGUAGUUCCAGUGUAGCUCAGAGGUACAGUUGUUGUUCAGACUCACACUCUGCCUUUAAUUAAACCACGAAUUUCCCUGAUUUCUUUGUGGGACUGAAAUAUAAUCUGUCUUAAUUUCUUGCUGGUGGCGGUUGUUUUUUCCUCUUCACCAAACUCCCUUUGGAAAUUCGCACGUUUAAACCCACACUGAACUUUUUCUCCCUCCUCUCUGAGUCCCUCUCUCUCUCUCUCUCUAACUCUUGUCACUUCUUCUCUUUCUGCUCAGGCGGCGAAACUGUCGACUCUUCAGCCCAUCUGA